GGCAGAUAUGCUUAAUUGUGUCCACAAUAACAAUGGGAUUGACCCUGGGUCUACUUCCUACUGUCAAAUCACUUCCCAUAUUCUACACAAUUGGAGCCAUAAAUGGUGUGGCGGCCGGUGCCAGCGAUACGGCAAACAACGCCUGGAUUCUGGAGAUGUGGGACGAGAAGGCCGGUCCCUAUCUGUUGGCGUUGCACUUCUGUUUCGGCACCGGUAUGAUCAUCGCGCCGCAAAUAGCCCGACCCUUCCUACUGGACUCGUCGGACUCGUCGCAAUUGGUCAUCGCGUACGUGAUCUGUGGCGCCAUUAUCAUCAUCAGCGGUAUUGUCGUAACUUUCGUCAUAUUCAGUGGAAAAUUCAGAGCCACUGAUGGCGAGCCGACACCACAGCCGGUGCCUCAAAACCCAUCGCAAGUGCCAUCCAUUACCGAAGAGUUGAUACACGAGUCGGAAAGGCGUGAACUGAAGCCCAUCUACGGCUUUAUGAUAGUAAUCCUCGGGUGCCUUCUGUUAGCC